CAUGAUGCAGUCAAUCUUCCGGUAAGGCAGACCCAGUUUGUGUCACUAUCAGGAAAUAGACGUGCUUUCAAUUCACACAUUGUUAAUGAAGAUUAUUUGUUAGUCAAAUGAAACCAGUAACUAAAAUGGGUGCUGUAGUUCUGGUGCUAUUUACAAUCGGUGCUUUUAUCAGUCCAGUUAAAUCUCUGGACAAUGGUCUCGCGCUCAAGCCUACAAUGGGUUGGCUGCAUUGGGAGAGAUUCAUGUGCAAUGUCGACUGUGACACGGACCCCAAUAAUUGCAUCAGUGAGAAUCUCUACAUACAGAUGGCAGAUGUGAUGGUGACGGAAGGCUGGAAGGAGGCUGGCUACGAGUAUGUCUGCAUCGAUGACUGUUGGCCCAGCCACCAACGUGACGCCAAGGGACGCCUUCAGGCAGACCCGAAGCGGUUCCCCAGAGGCAUCAAGAAACUGGCCGACUAUGUUCAUUCCAAGGGUCUCAAGUUGGGGAUCUAUGCUGAUUUGGGAACCUUUACAUGUGGAGGCUUUCCAGGGAGCAUGGGAUACUACGACAUCGACGCUCAGACCUUUGCUGAUUGGGGUGUGGAUCUGCUCAAAUUUGAUGGGUGCUACAUGAAGUGGACUUUACUGGGAGAAGGUUACACAAACAUGUCAAUAGCACUGAACCAAACUGGGAGAAGUAUCCUGUACUCCUGUGAGUGGCCACUGUAUGAGUGGCCACACCAUCAGCCAGACUAUGCUGCCAUACGGAAGGCCUGUAACCACUGGCGCAACUUUGCGGAUGUGUAUGACUCCUGGGACAGUGUGAAGACCAUCUUGGACUGGACUGCCGACCAUCAGGAUGUCAUUGUCCCAGCGGCUGGACCUGGGGGCUGGAAUGACCCUGACAUGCUGGUGAUUGGAAACUUUGGCCUGAGUCACGCCCAACAGGAGUCUCAGAUGGCAUUGUGGGCCAUCAUGGCCUCCCCUCUGCUGAUGUCCAAUGACCUGAGAGACAUCUGCCCCCGGUCCAAGCAGCUGCUGCAGAACACAAGGAUCAUCGCCAUCAGUCAGGACCCACUGGGCAGGCAGGGCUAUCGAACCGCCAAGGUGGACAGUUUCGAGGUGUGGGAAAGACACCUGUCUGGUGGCCGGUUGGCUCUGGCAGUGAUGAACAAGCAGGAGAUCGGUGGACCCCGAGGCUUCCCCCUCACCCUGGCCACGCUGCCUAGCUGGAAGAUCUGCCACCCCCAGUGUAAUGUCACCCAGGUCCUGCCCAGCUACAAGGAGCUGGGGGUCCAGACCCUCCUCAGUAAACUUGUGGUGGUGGUCAACCCUUCUGGCACAGCACUGCUAACUGUCACCCCCAUUUAAGUGUGACUUCAACACCCAAUUGCAAUUAUGGAAGGACAUGCCCAACGUGAACAGUUCUUUAGUAUGGUGUAGCUAGCAGACAAGCAUAUGGGCCCUGGCCCUCACCCAGCACUGAUUGAAAUGCACAGGAUUUAUAAGCACUUUAAUUCACAGCAAGUUACGUUGCUUAUUAUGAUUAUUCUAGAUAGUGUGCUUAUUUGCCAAAGAGCCAUGUAUAUGCUCACCUUUGAAUAGGUUAUUUAGUUGGUGUGCUUCCCUUGAAUUAUUAGAGAUUUUUCAUUAUUUUAAGUGUGGAAUGUGUUAGUAAUUGUCCAUGUUUUGUAUGCUAAUUGAUCUGGUCACAAAAAGGAGAUUUGCUGGAUGGCACACCUGAAUGUUCCGAUAUCAAAAAUCAGUAGUACUGUAACAAUUUGGAAAUGUUCACAUUUAAUUAAAGUGGCAAUCUGGAGUUCAAACAAAACCAAAGCCAUCAACCUGCCACUUUUUUGGUAAGCUUCGGGAUGGGUCUGGAAAAACAUUACCACUUAAAUUUACGGUAACACUUCACAACCAGUGUUAUAACAUGGUCAUAACCAUGUCAAUGUCUUAACAGCUUACAUAACUUGUCAAAAUGGGAUCAUAACAUUGUCAUGACCCAUAUUUACACCUGUUGUGACAUUUUUAUGGCUGGUUAUGACACUUGCAUAAGUGUCAACCCACAUUUACUCAAAUGUUUUUUCCCUGCCAAGAAGUCUUGUAAUUCUUUAGUCACUUUUUUCUUCAUAUUUUAGAAAACACUGACUAAAAAAUGCUUUUUGAAAGUGUCUGACCAUAAUAUAUGCCCUUGUCCUGCAUUCAUCCGUCAUCAGCAAGUGUUGGGGUCGGUGCAUGUCUGACAUCAAUGUGUGCGCAAUUGAAAUUUAAUUUGGUCAAUUUUAGAAAAUUAUAGUAAACAUACUGUUGACAAGUAGGCUAUAUGGUGUAAUGGAAUGUUUUGCCUUGUGUGGUAGGUGUCAUAACCAGCCAUAAAAUAACUUCUGCGGUAGGUUUACACUUCUGUAGUCAUCUUAACCAGCCAUAAAAUAAUGCAAUGUAUCAAACUUAUGAUGCUGGGUGUCCACAAAUUUCCACAGGCAAGAACUGAAUUCGAAAUUAUUUUAAAGCGUUCUUUGCUCUACCCUAGUUAGCAUUGGCUGGCGGAACUGCCAACUUCCUUCAAACUACACAAGGAAAAAAAUUGUGUUCAUCUGACUCUGGUUAAGUAGGUCAAGGACUUUAAUCCCAAAAUCUCACCAUACCCCUUUAACCUUAUUUUGGGUUCUUAUCACUUCAAUAUACGUACACACACUAGAUAUGGGACCCCACUAUUGUAAAAAUAUUUGAAGUUAUAGAAAUGCAUUUAUUACAUUUUUAAAUGUGAGCUAAACAAGAAUGUAUACAAACAUUCCUAAAGUAUAAUUUGAUAUUAAUGUAGGCAUACAACAAAUAUACUUAAAUACAUGCAAUUGUCCUUAACACUAUUAGUCCAUUAAUUCCUAUGGAGGACUGCUCCUACUAGGGAGUGCCAAUAUGGCCGAUCAGUGUCUUCAAAGCCUCUCAAUGGCCAAUACAUAGCGUCAGCAUUCUAGGGUUUAUAUACAUAAUUCGGUUCUGAUGGGGUGAGACUGUUGUACUAAGCCCAUGAGGAUACGAUUCAGGCAUGGUUAUUCGCUAGUGUGUUUAUACUGAUGUGCUUCAACCACUCUUGGAAAGGUGAAGUUGUAAAUUCUGGAAUGGCCAAUUACAUCUUCAUAUCCACCAACUGUAAUUGCCAUCACUCUUGCAAUUACCACCAAGGUACAGUUAAAGAGAGAUGAGACAUCUGGUACAAUUUUAAUACAUUUAUUGGGGGGGAAAAUAAGUCCAUCCAAUAGAUUGACCCACAGCCUAGAACUGGAUGACCUGGCCCUGAAAGGAGACAAAAACAAGGUUAUAAGGCAGCUCAGAUAUUCAACCAGCACAUUGAAACUAUUCACCUUUCCACAAUGAAAAAUACAAAACACCCCUUCUGAAUCCAAUCACAUCGACAACUUGUUAACAUUCAUUAGGGCAUAUCUAAAAUCCAAACAAUUCAAGAGCCGCACACGUUAGGCCAGAGAGGGCCUUCAGACUGCUAUUGUCAAUUCCUCUCCAGGCUGUCUAAUAAUCCCUGAGUUCAGAGGAAGCAUGCAUUUUUGUAAUUGACUAAAUGUUCUAUAGAGCAACGAUUUAAAGUGGAAGAGCUCCGAGGUGUAUCAAGGAUAGUUGAACAUUGUCAAAUGUCACCGAUAACACUAAACGUCAUUUAGAUGUCCAGAAACCAUAGACCCCUCAAAGGCAACUCUGGACCCUGAAGCCAGUUCCACUACAUUUUUACAUUGUUCCCCUCGAACCAAGGAUAGAUUUAGACCUGAGACACCAGGUGGGUGAAAUUAAUGAUCAGGCAGAGCAUAAAAAAACAGCAGGCUCUGGACCUUGUAGGGUAAGAGUUUAAUACCCCUGGUAUAGUACAUUCAGAAAGUAUUCAGACCCAUUGACUUUAUUCUUAUUCUAAAAUUGAUUAAAAUUGCCCCCCCCCCUCAUCAAUCUACACACAAUAUGCCAUAAUGACAAAUAAAAAAUAAUUCUCAUUUAAUUCUCACAUUAAAAAUAAACUGAAAUAUCACAUUACCAUAAGUAUUCAGACCCUUUCCAAAUGCACUGUACAUACACACAUUGCUUUUCAUGGCUGUGGAACAAAUACACAACCCAUCCCACAUGCAGAAUAAACACGGGCCCGGAGCAUCUGUGUUGCACUACAUGGCUAGAGUUUGUGCUUACCUUUCUCUUCUUGUCACCUCCCAGCUCAAAGUGCUUGCAUCUCUUGAUGGGCACCAUUCUCUUGGCCCUGCAGUUGGGCUCCACACAC